AUGUCCAGCGUCAUGAGCGAAGGCACACGAAGGAAACACCGUAUAAAUGUCCUUGUGGUCAAGCUUACCCCAGGCAGUACCGAUCUUCUGACAAGACACCAAAAGUCCGCUCACAACAUUGAGCCCUCGAAACGCCGAAAACUACAGCACGAACGGCUUGGUCAGCACCAGCACGAUGCAUCACAGUGGCAGGCACAAAGCCACCACCAAGGCAACGGCGAUAUUAGUCACGGCCAGCAGCCUUCUGGAGCUCUAGUUGACACGACUUUGACCUUGAGCAAUCAGCAGCACUCUACAGGGCUGCACACUUCGGCACACGGGCUUUCCACUGACCAGCAAGCCAGCAGAGUCGAUGGUGAUCUGCAAGGCCCGUUAAAUGAUGAUAUGCUGCUCACGAGUCUCCAUGACGACGCCGCUUUCCGAUAUACGAACGACCAUGACCUUUCCAAACCCGGCCGUUCUGUAUAUCCUUCAGAGGCCGGUGGCCUGGUGCGUGAGGAGCAAACAGCGCCGUUAACUACGAGUGCAAAUACCCAUGAGGGCAUCAGUGUAACAGCACCAGUGGACCCAAACAACCAUUCUCACGCCCAUCAAUUUCACAACCCUGAGACUGGCUUUCCGCAACUCAAUCCAACGAGCCUCGAGAUGGACAAUAUCUUUGAUAAUGUGGACUUCCUUGUGGGCCAUCUUGAUUUUUCAACCCCGAAUCCACCUCCCCAGCAUCAUCAGGCAUCAGAACAUGAAGUUGCGCUAGCACCGCCCGUCUUAUCUGGUGAACAGAACACAAGAGCCCUCUCAGGGCCUUCAACGCACGACACGCACCGAAUAGCUGUUGACUGUGAUGAAAACCAGGAGAUCAAUGUCUUUUCGCGAAUCGGCUCUCCACUCCCUUCACUGCGAUCACUACCGGGAGCACGGUCACAAGGCCGAGAGGGCCGAGGGACGCUAGACACAGGAUCCGGACCUUGCUGGAAAGUUUCGCAGGCAGACUAUAUCGAGCUGCAAGCCAAGAUGGCCAAGUAUUCAGAGGUGUUUCCAACAGAUCUUGUCCUCCCAAGUCGGCAUACAAUGUCUGCUUACCUCGAGCGAUGUAUCAACAGUCUAUAUAAGCACCAGCCUCUGUUCCACGUGCCCACAUUCAGGGUGGCCGACUCUGCUCUCGAACUCAUACUGGCAAUGUGCGCCACAGGAGCGCAACUGAGGUUCGAAAGCCAUACAGGCGUACCCCUUUUCCACGCCUCAAAGGCCCUGAUCAUGUCUCGGCUCCAACACCGCCACGAGGAGAGUCUGGUUAGCACUUUGAAGCAGCCAUGUCUUGCCAAUGCAGAGACGACAGCGGCAAGUUCACUUCAGUCACCCAAUUCCGAACGGCAAUCGCCCACCAAUGGUCUCUUUGAUACAAGUCCCAAUCAGAUUGGGAAUCAUUCCCAACUCACAUCAAUAUCAACAGCCAGCAGACAACGCUUGCAGACCAUACAAGCAAUUUUGACGCUGAUGUCUUUCGGGUCCUGGGGUCUGAAGGGGUUGCUUGGUGAGACCAUCCUUCUUCAAAGCCUGCUGGUAAUGCUUGCGCGCGAAGAAGGCCUUACCCAGGAAGCCGAAAGCAUCAUAGAGCGGAGUAGUAGCGCGGUGGAGCGAUGGCAUGCUUGGACCGAAACCGAGAGCUGGCGGCGCGUCAAGAUAAUCACUUACACCUUCACCAACCUACAGAGUCUCGCAUAUAACAUGGCUCCGCCCCUGCCAUCGGCCGAAGUCCGCUGCCUCACUCCUGCUUCUGCGGAUGAGUGGGCAGCGGCUAACGCACAGCGGUGGGAGGAAAUUAGACGUGCAUCACGAAUCACCGCCAUUCCGUUCCAAGACGCAUUCCAUAAGCUGUUCCAGCAUGAAGUUGGGGAUGCGGUCGCCAAUGCAGACGAUAGUCCUUCGAUCUCGGCACUUGGCAACUAUGCACUCAUCUUCGGCCUCCUGCAGUGCAUCUACUUUCUGCGACAACGUCAUCCUGUGCCAUGUUCCAGCGGCGCAGACAUUGCUGCCGGCUCCAACCUACGCGGCGAAGACAUCGACAGCAUCAUUCGUGCACUCCACCGUUGGCAGCGGAUGUGGGAGAAAUGUCCAGAAUCGACCAUCGAGCCAGAAGCAUCCGCCGGGCCCAUCUCCUUCAACGCCAUUGCCUGCUUACGGCUUGCCUGGAUCCGUUUAUAUGCUGACCUGGGACCAUGUCGAGCCCUCGCAACUCGAGAUCCGAGCUUGAUUGCACGUGUCUUCACUUCGGGACCUUCACUGCCACGCCACCCGCAACUCACCCCGGUUCUGCUGCAAGCCAUUCAUGCCCUCAGUGUCCCCGUUCGGCUAGGGAUCAAGUUCGUUGCCCGAAGUCAGUCACUGUUUUGGAGUGUCAACCAAUCGCUGUGCGCCCUUGAAUGUGCCGUCAUUCUCAGCAAGUGGUUUGAGACUCUGGCCUCCACGCUUGCACAGACUCCCAUGUCGAAACAGGAGAAAAAUCUCGUGCUGAUUCUCCGCGGCAUGGUGCUCGAGUCCGGUUUCUUCACCGAAGGUGAUCUCGACACCCUGUCUCUGAGCGCAGAGACGCGACAGGGUACCAACACCAACACCAACCCCGACGGUACUGACAGAACCCUGAACGGCAAUCUCAACGCAGCCACCCAGGCCAGCACGGGCAGUAGCACCACCACCACCAAUGCCGGUGCGAAUGAGGAUCUCGUGAGCGACGCCCGCAUCUUCGGCAUGGAUCUCGACCACUGGAUACUGCAAGAGAUGGCAAUGCCCACGCCCCCUUCACCCAAGGACGACGCGACCGCAUGGCAACGCCAAAUUUCGGGCUUGAGAGUCGCUGUAGCGCGCUUGUGGGCAGAGGUGUUCUCGGACAACCAUGUCUUCGACGUUGUCACCACGAUAGGAAGGACUUUGAACGUUCAUGCCAAAAUGCUGGAAGGAAUCAUAUAG